CUAGAGGCGGCCGUGGCUCCGAGGGAACCAAGUGGGCUACCAGCUGGACAUUCCGGGCACCGGGGGCGGUCCCUGGGGGGCGGGCGGGGCCCGACCGGCUCUCUGUGUGGUGGCGGCCAUGAAGCCGCAGCCGCCGGGCUAGGCCCCGGGCGGCUCCAGCCCAGGGCGGCCCGUGGAGGGCUGGGUACAGCCCCCGGCUCCCGUUCCCCAGCGGGCGGGCGGCCGGCCGCUCACCAUGCCAGGCAAGCACCAGCACUUCCAGGAACCCGAGGUCGGCUGCUGUGGGAAAUACUUCCUGUUCGGCUUCAACAUUGUCUUCUGGGUGCUGGGAGCCCUGUUCCUGGCUAUUGGCCUCUGGGCCUGGGCUGAGAAGGGCGUUCUCUCCAACAUCUCGGUGCUGACAGAUCUAGGAGGCCUUGAUCCUGUGUGGCUGUUUGUAGUGGUAGGAGGCAUCAUGUCGGUGCUGGGCUUUGCUGGCUGCAUUGGGGCCCUCCGGGAGAACACCUUCCUGCUCAAAUUUUUCUCCGUGUUCCUUGGCCUCAUCUUCUUCCUGGAGCUGGCAACAGGGAUCCUGGCCUUCGUUUUCAAGGACUGGAUUCGAGACCAGCUCAACCUCUUCAUCAACAACAACGUCAAGGCCUAUCGGGAUGACAUUGACCUCCAGAACCUCAUUGACUUUGCUCAGGAAUACUGGUCUUGCUGUGGAGCCCGAGGGCCCAAUGACUGGAACCUCAAUAUCUAUUUCAACUGCACUGACUUGAACCCAAGCCGGGAGCGCUGUGGGGUGCCCUUUUCCUGCUGCGUCCGGGACCCCGCGGAAGACGUUCUCAACACCCAGUGUGGCUACGAUGUCCGGCUCAAACUGGAGCUGGAGCAGCAGGGCUCUAUCCACACCAAAGGCUGCGUGGGCCAGUUUGAGAAGUGGCUGCAGGACAACCUGAUCGUUGUGGCUGGGGUCUUCGUGGGCAUCGCCCUCCUCCAGAUCUUUGGUAUCUGCCUGGCCCAGAACCUCAUCAGUGACAUCAAGGCAGUGAAGGCCAACUGGAUCAAACAUGAUGAUGGCUACAAACUACUCAAAUAAACAAAACCUUGAAAACCACUGGCUUCCGCCCACCAUCUCGGAGGUUCUGUCAGCUGGAGGGCCUCAGCAGAGCUCUCCGCCUGGGGCCCUGGCCUGGACCCACCCUGCCAACGUGUUUUCUUGGCCUGGGUGGUGCUUAUUGUUUGAGCCAACCUUUUAAACUUGGUAUAUAUCAUGUAAAAGUCCAGAUCCCUGGCUUCUCGUGAAGAAUGACCGUCUGGCCACAGAGGCUCUUCAAUGGCAUCUUCUCUUGGGACAUGUGCUUCCUGUUCUCUGCGGGCCCUGCCUGGCCCCGUAGGCUGGGAGUUGGCCUCCCUCACCCUGGUAGGGGUUUCCCCUACAAAUUCUGGGCAGCUGCUGUGGGCCAAGCCUGGAUGGAGACACAAGGAUGUGAAGAAGGGGGAGGCUGGGCCUGUCCUGAGGAGGCCGUAUCCUGGUUCUGGCCCUCCUGGGGACUGAGAUGAGUGUCAGCACGCCCAGAGAGUGGUUAAGGGUUUGGAUGGAGGUCAGGCAGUCUGGUUUGGGGGCUGUGGAUGGGGGUCUCCUUGGCUCACUUGAAAUCAAAUUCAAAAUAUUCCCAGUGGCCUGUAGAGCUGUUUCAUGGCCACCAGAGGGCACAUCAGCACAGCAUUCCCAAGGUCUGGCCUUUGCCCUGGGGCAGCCUUACCUAGGUAUAGCCCUAUCCCUAGUGUGCCCACCCUGCUCACUAGUGCUUUGGGGUUCAGGGAACUUGAAAACUUCUAAAGCUGCAAAUGGGCUCAUAUUUAGGAAGGCUGGCUGCUGCUCUCAGAUCUGCCUUUUAGCUGCGUGAAAAGGUAUGUGUAGAGUGACUGCCCCACUUCUCUCUGAGCUGCCCUUUGUGGAUGAAAGGAAGCAUUUAGGCUAGUUCACAGAUCUCUAACACAGAUACCCUCAGGGCCAUGUACGUUGUAUAAAUGAAUGAAGUGGGCCUUUGAGUUGUGAGGCCUUUGCAGUGCAACUUUCCUGUCGUUACUGGAGAAGGGACACACACAUGUUGCUUUGUGAUGAGAAAUAUUUGCACAUUUGAGUUGACAAUGCCAACUGGCCCUGAGAGACAAUAGGCUGUGGUAGAGACUGGCAAAGCACAGACCCCCAUCUGAGGUUGGUGGCUGUCAUUCAGUUGUAGCUAAUUGCUGUAAAGUGCAGGUCUAAUGUCAGAAAUCUAAAGAAGCCAGAAAUCCAGAUUUUUAUGUGAAAUAUCUUGAUUUUUAAGUUAAUGGCAACUAAUGAAAAAAAUUUUUAAACACUGUAAGCCAAACAAAAAAUGUGGGGCAGCUUUGGCCGCUGUGCCCCCAUAGAUUCCUCUGGGACAGUCACCCAAGGGGCCUGGCUGCUGUGCCAUUCAGGAAUGCUGGAAGCUGCUGCCAGGUGGGCAGGGUGUGGGGCAUGAACCCAGCAUGUGGAUCCUAGAUGCAGGCCAGACAGUGUUCUGGGGUCUCUGACAGAGUCCAGCUGUGGGUGGUUUAUACACACUGUAAUAAAUGCAGCUCACAAUA